AUGGCAAUAACCGAAUGGAUGUCCGGUUGUUUGGAUUCGAUUCAGUGCAAUUUCAACUUUGACCUCGAGGGGAAACGGAAUGCCGUCUCGUCGGUGGCCGCGGCGACGCUUUUCUUCUCGGGAUGGUGGCUUGCGAUCGACACGGCGGCCGUCUACAAGAAAGACGACUGGAACAACGUUUACUUUAUCGUCACCGUUGCUUCUUCGAUUGCCAUGUUUAUGGUCAACGCCGUUUCGAAUAGCCAAGUUCGCGGUGAGGCUCUUCACGAAGGAAUGUUGGGAACUAAAGGCUCUCGUUUGUGGUUGAUGUCGGCGUUCGUGCUCUCCUUCUCGGCACUCGUCGCUGCAACAUGGAUACUCUUCUCGGAUUACGUUCUUCAGCCAGGCCCGCAUUCGGUAUGGCCAGGCGUUUCACUCUUCUUGCACAAUUUGAUGAUUUUCUCCGCGUCUCUCGUCUACAAAUUCGGUCGCACCGAGGAGUUGUGGGGA